AUGGACAUUUCUGAAACUGAUAAGCUUCAAGUUGUUUUGUAUGCAGAUGAUAUUGAAACCAACAAUGUACUUGGAUCUUAUACAAGUACUGGAUCUUUUCUUCAUGUGGCUUUCAAGCUAUUUUUAUCUGGCAAUAAAAAAGUAGGAAAAUUGUCUUUAAAAGUGAUAAAUAUUCAAACAAUUGGAAUUAUUUUGUCAGAAGUAACAAAAAACUCGAAGUAUGAUCGUUUAUUGAAAAAAAUUCUUGAAGAUAUACAAAAUUUGAAAGUCAAUUACAAGGGAAAAGUGGUUUCUUUUGAACUAUUCGCUUUGGCAGGUGAUCACGUGUUUCUCCAAGAUGUUUAUCAUCUUCCGAAGUCUUUUCAAGGUAGUGGAGGACAAUGUUGCAGAACGUGUGUUAUUGAAGGCCGAAACUUUAUCAACGUUAAGAAAUGCAGAGAUGCUAACAACAACAACAUUCUUAGACAUGAAAAUUUUGAAGGAAGCGUCAGAUACCCAUUCAACCAAUAUUCAGAUGCAUUUCACGAUCUGUUGGAGGGUAUUCUGCCUGAUUGUGUGUAUAGUUGCUGCCAAAAACUAUCAUACUUUGACGACAACUGGAAUUUGAAGUCACGAAUUCAUGUUGUUGAAUGGCUGGAGGUUGAAAGACAGAUAAGGAUAAUAAAUAGCCAAGAUAAGAAGUCCCAAUCCAUUAUAACAGUGAUUAAAGAUGGAUUCUUUGGGAAAAAAAUUUCUUUUGAAAAUUGUCGGAGAAAAGACACUUUUACCUUAUCAGAAUCCGAACAUCUUUCAUUAGCCAGAGCUUUAUGGAAAUUAAUGAAUUUUAUGGAAGGCAUUCAACUAUUUUUUACUGCAGAUUCAAGUGUUUUUUAA